AUGGCACGCCACUCCAACAGCGAGUCCGAAUCAAGAGCAACGGGACCCUCGAAACAGCAGCGGGGUGGGAACAGUAACGGUCCUGCUAACACCCCUGCAAACGCCUCGGCAAACACCAAUGGCAACGGCGCAAACAAACUCACAUCCGCACAGCAGCAGUACCUGAGGGACCUCGUGCGCACGCACAUCACGAACAACCACCCAAGGCUCGCUCAGGGGAACAACGGGCCCGGUCAACCACUCGACUUCGAGAGGUACUCGGACGAGUUCCUCAGAAAGUAUAGAGACACCUUUGAGUUGGACGUCGCGGAUAACCUCACUAUGGCUGGGUACCUCCUCGGAUCGCCCCUCGGGGAGAAGACUUUCUCCUACAAGAGGGACAAGGCCGACCCGAGAGGCCCACGAGUACAGAAGGCAGUCCUCGCAUCCGCUUGUCAGAGACACUUCACCGCAUACCAGGCCAAAGAGCAGGACCUGAUUUCACAUUUCAUUUACAAAGUCAAGAACCAGAACAAGAAGUUCAAAAUGGAGUUCAAGAAGUGA